UUUGAAAUGUCCGACUCAUACAACCGGAGCCAAACCAGCGCACGUCGCAGUGACUACGUGUGGCAGUAUGAAUAUUACGACGACGAGGAGCCCGUGUCUUUUGAGGGACUCAAAGCGCACAGAUAUUCCAUCGUCAUCGGCUUCUGGGUAGGACUCGCCGUGUUUGUCAUAUUCAUGUUCUUUGUUCUCACGCUGCUCACUAAGACAGGAGCACCCCAUCAAGAAAACCCAGACUCUGCCGAAAAGCGUCAUCGACCAGGGAGCUGUCUGGUAGACAAUGUUGGUCCCCAGGAUGAAAAUGACAAAGCCUUUUCUCGUCCACUGCUAGCAGAGUCCCGCUCAUAUUUUCAUUUCUAUAUCAACAAGGAGGAUCAGGGUCCGGGGAAGCAAAAACAUGAGGACAAGAGAGUUGGAAAGCACACUGGGGCCGGAGAGCAGCAGGGGACCCGCAACCGGCCCAGAGGCAUCAUCUCCUCAGGGAUGGAUGAUAUGGAGGAGGACAUUGAGGAAGCUGAGGGGCAACAAUCUCUCAAGGGACUAAUAGAGGAGGGUAAGACAGACCGAGAGUGUGCCUUCCUGUCCCACUUCAACAUCCCUAACUUCGUGAACUUGGAGCACAGUUCAACACUGGGAGAGGAUGAUCCGCUUUAUGAACCGUCCGUCAUACUGGAGCGCCAGUCUCACUCUCAGGAUGCUCACUGUGACAUCCACUAA